GAGAGGAGAGGAGCUCUCGUUUUUUUUUUAAAUGGCGGUUUCUUUCUGUACUCAAUGCCCAUUCGGGUCCGUCUCUACCCGAAACAUUGGUAAAUUUUCUCAAGCUCCAUCUCUUUCCCACAUUUCCGUUGCCAAAACAACCUUUCUUCCUUGUCUCUUCUCCAUCCCAAAACCCGAAAGGAGUCAGAAGAGAAUUGGAUCCUCGUCUUCGGUUACGAUGAUGAGCAUGGAAGCUGGUAUCGGUGUGAUGGGAACGAAGCUGGGCAUGAUGACCUACUUCGAACCGGAAGGUAGGGUCGUUCCCGUUACUGUCGUCGGCUUCCGUGAGGGCAAUAUCGUCACUCAGGUCAAGACCGUCUCCACCGACGGUUAUGAUGCCGUCCAAGUCGGUUACCGCAGGGUUCGCGACAAGAAGCUCACCAAGCCGGAGAUUGGCCACCUCGACAAGAUCGGCGCCAUACCUAUGCGCCACCUUCAGGAGUUCCGCCUUCAGUCUAUUGAAGGCUUCGAGCCCAAUCAGAGGCUCGUCUUGGAGGAAAUCUUCAAGGAAGGAGAUUUCGUUGACGUCUCUGGUAAUUCCAUCGGAAAGGGAUUCCAAGGUGGAAUCAAGAGGCAUAAUUUCCAUCGUGGACCAAUGACUCAUGGUUCCAAGAGUCAUCGAGCCUUAGGAUCCAUUGGUGCUGGGACCACACCUGGUCGUGUAUAUAAAGGGAAGAAGAUGCCAGGUAGGAUGGGAGGAACGAAAACAAAGAUCCGGAAGUUGAAGAUUGUCAAGAUAGACACUGAGCUCCGAGUUGUCAUGAUAAAGGGGGCUGUUCCUGGUAAACCGGGUAAUCUUCUACGCAUAACACCAGCAAAGAUUGUCGGGAAGAACAUACCAAAGAGUUAGCUUUGGAUAUAUGCUGUCAAUGAGACAUUACGUUGGUUUCUUGCAGUUGUAUUUGUUUCUUCAGUUUUGUUCUUUUUUCUUGAAAUUGAAUCUCAGUUGCCCUGAUUAUCUGCGCUUAUAAAAAGUUGAUCUAAUUUUCU